AUCGAGGAUCGUCGCCGUGUGAGGAGGUAGAGCGCGGAGCACGCGCAGGAGCCACGCGUGUGUCCGGUUAUCGCUGGACGAACAGUUGGGCACGAGCGCGAUCAAGAAGGUAAAUACGCACUGGAAGGUGGCAGCGAGAGGGGUAACGAGGGUCACGGAGUUGAACCUAAGGGUGGCAUCAUGGACUCUGAUCAGCAACAGUUCUGCCUCAAGUGGAACAGUUUCGGCACGAAUCUAUUAACGGCAUCCUUGAACUUAUUCAAAAACGAGAGUCUCACCGAUGUCACCCUGUUCUGCGAGGGAGUUACGUUCAAAGCACACAGAUUAAUCCUCGCAGCAUGCAGCAAGCACUUUCAGGAGCUCUUCGAAGGAAUGCCGCCUUCUCCCGCGGGACUGAUCGUUAUUCUCGACGGGACGAGCGCCCACGAUAUGGAGUCCCUACUCGAAUUCAUGUACCGUGGAGAGGUACACGUGUCCCAGGAAUCCCUUACCUCCUUCUUCAAGGCAGCUGAAUGCCUUCAAGUUAAGGGUCUGUCGAUCGAGCAGGAGAAGCUGGCGGUAGCACAAACGCACGCCGCGGAGAACAACAAUGCUUCCGCGGACGUAGGAGGCGGCAGCGGCAGCGGGGUCGGCGGCGGGGGUGGAGGCGGCGGAGGCGGUGGUAGCACCGGUGGUAACGUCGCCAGUGGCGUCGGCGGUACCGUCGGCGCUGGUAGAAUCGGCAACGGGGGUAGCGGUGGCGGCGGAGGUGGCGUCGGCGAAGUGAGCGACUUGAGCGAGGCGGGCGAAGCCACUAUGGUCAGGAACAUCAUGAAGAGAACCCCGACGCCGGCGCCGUCGCCCGCACCGGCGCACACCGUGCCCAACAUGUAUUCCACUCCGCACUACUACGAGAGCCCGCUGAAGAGGCUGAAGAGAUCGCCGAACAACGUCGAUAUGCUGGGAAGAGCGAGCGUGUUGCGCGACGGCGCCGACUUCCGGCCCAAGUCCGCCCCGGACACGCUCCUGCUGGAGAAUCAUUUCUACACACCGUAUCCCCUUCCCACCGAGGCGCCCGCGCAUCCACACACCGCGCCCCACACGCCUACGGAACUGGAGCAGGAGCUGGAACGAGCGCGGUCCGAGGAACGCAACAACUGUGAUCACAGGGAGAGCGUUGCCGAAGAUCUUCGGAUAAAACAAGAGCCGGUGGCGAUGACCGAUCAAGAGAGGGCGGACAAUUUAGCGGAGAGAUUGUCCAGCGAGGCGUACACCGGACGGGGGUACGACGGCGGCUCGUACAGCCAGAACUCGGACCAUCUGUCGCAAGGAAGUCCGCAGCUGGGUCCGGCGGCGGCGGUGGUGACGAUGCCGCCGGCUCAUCCACCGACUCCCGAUCUGAGUCCCGCGCCCACCACGCCCGCUGUCUGGAACAGGAGGCUCAACAGGGCCGGCACUGUCUCCACUCCCGAUGGUAGGAAACUGAAGUGUCCCUACUGCGAAAGACUGUACGGCUACGAGACGAACUUGCGCGCCCACAUACGGCAACGUCACCAAGGCAUCAGGGUGCACUGUCCGCAUUGCACGCGCACGUUCACCCGGAACAACACCGUCAGACGGCACAUCGCGCGGGAGCACAAGGAUGUCGCCUUCAACCUGAAGGCGUUCCAGCAGUCGAAUCAUUCGCUCUCGGACAUUGUGCCGCAGUAACAACGUCUUCGGCGUCGCUGUCGUCCUCGUCGCCACCGCAGCCGUCGGAGCUACCCACGGGACCACCGGCCCACGGAUACUGCGAACGGGACGAGACGAGAGGAGAGGCUGCAGUAGGUACCUUCGUUUUCCCGUCGCCAGCGAACGCCGUCCCGGUCCCUCGUCACGAGGACGACCCUUUCCGUGCGCUCCCGUCGAAAUGUCGCGUCACGAGGCAACGACGUUUGCCGAAAGAGAGAGAGAGAGAGAGAAACAAACGAGAUGAUUAGGAUUUAGAUUGUAGGAAAGGAAAAGAGACGUGAGAUAUAGAAAGAGAGAGAGAGAGAGAGCGCGGAACCACAAUGCGCACAGAGCAGCGCCUCGGACACGCUCGCGAAAACGCUACGAACCACAAAACUAGUCAAUGAAAGUGCAACGGUCAAGUAAGGUUUAUUAACUAGAGCUUUUUAACGGGCGAGAGAGAGCGAGAGAGGGAGAGAGAGAAUGAAAGAAAGAGAUAGCGAGUGAGGAUACAGAGCGUCAAUACAGUUACACGUAGCGCAGGUCGGCGUCGGGCGGAAACCUCGGGCGCUCGCCAGCGAGCGGAGAGAUCAUUCGGAGCGGAGUGUGCAUUCGUAAACGCGUGGCGUCAGAUGCGCACGCGGAAUACACGAGAGACGUGCGCUCGAGUCUUACCUCAGUGACGAUCCGUAAGACUCGAAACGGUAAUAUCUGCCUUCGGAUUCCCGCGCAGGUCGCGUCCGAGAAAACACACACGCACACGAUACAUCGGUACACGAGAUUUCGUUUGCGAAUGCACGCGUCCGAGAGGGUGUUCCGGCGAUAUUUUGGCGCGAGCACGUUCCGCACGACGUUCCGCGAAGCGCACGCGAGAAACAAUGCAGAACUCAGGUAAACUAACGUGGCACCAACAGCCAGAGCGCUGACUUUUUGAUAGUUCAACAUUACAUUACCAUAGAAUCGAUUUACUCGUCGUCGCGUUGAAACCGUUAACGCCGUUAACCGAUACGUCUUUCUGGUACUACUACGCUAUUACUACUUCUACUACUACUACAACUACUAUUACUACUACUAUUACUACUACUACUGCUACUACUAUCGCUAUUGAGAGAGAAGUCGAGCCUAGGAUCGUGUGACACUUGGGUAAUAUCUAUCCAACGUUACACCACGCGCCCAGUGCCAAACCAGACGCUUUCCACCCCCUCUUUUUUUUUCUACUCUAGAUAGUCUCUAUUACUCAACAGACACAUACAGACACAUGUUACCAGCAGACAGAACCGACAUUUCGUUUUCGCCUUUCCGUGCACACACACACAUCCACACGCACACGUACACGUGACAAAUAUUCUCUCCACCGUCGUGUUAACGAUGGUCAUCACGGUGACGCAUAUCCGAAGUCGCGCCGAGACGACACCCCGACGACACAUACGCACUCACACACCUUUUGUACAGAUACGAUUUUAUAGAACGUUUAUGAGAUUACUGCGAUUCUAGGGCGGACGACUGUCGUGCGAUUAGCCGCGGGAGUGCGCGCGACUGCCCACCGACACUUCUUGGCGAAUGCGGAGGCGCGGGUCGGAACGUCGGAACGAGCAAUAAAUCGCCGAUAAAUCGCCGCUUGUUAAUCACUUUCUUCACACCGACGCCGAUCUUUUUACCUCUCCUCGUCCCCCGCGAAUAAGCGACGAGAUCACGCCGAGAUCCGUCGCAUUUCGCCACGCAUUCGCCACGGAAGUCUCCCGGCAGCGGUGCCCCCGCGGGCGAAACGAUCACUACCACUUUGUUACCUGUUUACAAUGUUUAAAUGCGGACUUUUGUCCGGAGCAAUAGUCGCGUACCGAGAUAAUAGAGUAUAGCCAUCGAUCACAGUGAGAAACACAGUGAGCGCGGUAUGCGCGAAAUAGUUGCUAUCCCGGUUGUAUAAGAUGUGAUCAAUGCAAUAGAUUUUAUUACACAUUACCUAUAUAUAGAUAUAUAUAGAGAGAUAUACUCCUAGUCAGGAUGGCACCCACGAUAUUACUUGUUGCAGUAUUUACACUCUUUAUACAGAUUAUCCCCCUCUUAUUUCCGUUUACUCUUGUUCUCCCUUUUAUUUUUUUUUGCAGAAAGUUUAAAUGGUUAUUCUCACAACGAUACGCCUACCGUAAGUUAUCAAUGAGAGACAAUAGACGAUAGAGAGAGAGAGAGAGAGAGAGAGAGAGAGAGAGAAUUAUUUAGUAUUUAAAAAGCAUCUUGCGCGAGCUGGAGGAUACCAAUAUAGUUAACGCGAUUAAGGGGCACAGAGUGUACAACUUUGCGUUUCUUUAGUUCUUUGUUUUAUUUUCCUUUAGAGAGAGAGAGAGAGAGAGAGAGAGAGAGAGAGAGAGAGAGAGAGAGAGAGAGAGAUAGAGUUUUCCGUUUCUUUUCUUCUUUUUCGUUUCCCCCCCCCCUCCCCCUCCGUUUAAAUACCGUUCAAUAAUAUGCCAAAUACGUGCGCGCACGCGUGCGCGCGCGUAUACUCUGCCAAAAGUAUGACGACAGUACUACCUCAUCAUUUCGCAAUCGCGUAGUUUUACAUACGCGCGCACACAUCCACACGGAAACACCGACACAUGCACACAGCCACAUGUACACACACACACACACACAGAGGGAACAUAAUAGCGAUUAACGAGAUAUAAAUGAUAAAACCUGUACAUUCCGUACAGCCGCUAGCACUAUCACUUGGUCCGGUUAGUGUCGGAGCAGUUCUCCUGCCAUUGCUACCCCAACGCAGAGGGUAACAUAAGUAAGAUCAUAAGUAGGAUCCCGGAGCUGCUCGCGGGUGUAGGAUUCUCAUCCCCGUGCUCGAUCGUGCUCGAUUCAUUUUCGCCUUUCUCCGAACGCGUGUCUCGCGAACAAUCGCAGAUCGCGGACUGAAUCGAGCCGAUCGAUACACACCUCCCGCGACGACCAUCUUCGUCCCGCCGAAUUCGUCGGCACGGAGACGCUCCGGGAUCCUCGCGCACGUGAUGAUGUCUGUCCGUACGUACAAUAGAUCCGUUGUUCUCUUUCCUUUUCUUUUUUUUGUUUUUUAUUUUUUUUUCGAUCACGAAGGCGCAUUAUGAAGUACCGUACGUACAAUAUGUAAAACCGUAGCGAGGAGUGAGUGAGCGCGAGAGCGAGCGAGCGAGCGUGCGUGCGUGCGUGCGUGCAUGCGUGAGCAGCCGUAAAUGCGCGCGCGGUUUCGUGUGACGCGCGCGCAACGGUCGCGGGUGGA